CUACUACUAGUCCACUUACUAGUAUUUGGGACUCCAAAGAAUGAAAGAAGUAUGGAUAAUGCACUAUUACAUCAAUCCAAAAAAAAUGACCACCGGCCUUCAAUUUCAAAACCACUAAUCUCGCAUAACAAACUCCACGUAUUUUUUCAUCUCCCUUCUCUCUCCUCCCAUCUUUAUCUAUAAAAUUUCCACCCACCAUUUUUAUUUAUUUCCAUUUAAUAAUACGCGGAAUUUUGACUUCAAGUUUCCCCCUUUUGACUUUUUUACAGGAAAAAUUCAUAACUCCCCUUUCACCCAACUGAAACGCACUCACUUCCUUUGAAUUCUACACCAUGCAAAAUUCCAAUUCCAAUUUCAAUUCCAAACCCCUCAAAAUAUAAACAACAAAUUUAACAAAAUUCCGCCAUUUUCAUCUCUUUCAAGCUCCAUGAUCAUGGCAGAUUCUCCCGGUUAUGACGACAUUUAUUGCUUCUUACGACCCUGUGAAAACCUCACCAAACCCUGUUUUUCCGACCGCUACCCCGCCAACCCUUACGCCUUUCCUUUUCCUCCGCCGUCACCUCCGCCGCCAUUGCCACCGUCUUCUCAGAGUCAUAUAGCUCCUUUUUUGAUUGCUACUGUUUGUAUUCUCGGAGUUUCCUUCCUUCUUCUUACGACUUGCACUAUCAUUUUGAGGGUUCGUUUUACCGACCGGAGACGAGGGGUUUCUCCGGCGAGCUCCGAUGAUGCUUCGAUGAACGAUGGUGGGUCGAUUGUGGAUCACCCAAUUUGGCAUAUCGCAACAAUUGGGCUUCAACAAUCGGUAAUUGAUUCAAUAACUGCUUUUAAGUAUAAUAAAAUUGAUGGGUUUUUUGUUGAUGGUUGUGAUUCUUCAUGUUCUGUUUGUUUGACUGAGUUUGAGGAAGGUGAUGAUCUUAGGUUAUUGCCAAAGUGUAGUCAUGCUUUUCAUGUUUCUUGUAUUGAUACUUGGUUGAGGUCUCAUAAGAAUUGCCCCCUUUGCCGGGCUCCUGUUGUGAAUGAGGUUGAGGGGGGUGAUUCUGGUGUAAUGGGGUUGAAUUCGAGUGGUUCGGGUUCCGGUGAGGAGGGUGUGAGGGUGAAUUUGGAGGAGGAUGAUGGAGGGUUAGUGUUUAGGGGAGGCGGCGAGUGUAGUGAUCGAAAUUCGAGGGAAAGGGAGGAUGUAUUGAGGGGAUUGCCUGUUGGGGAGGGUGUAAGGAUAGCUGAGAUUUUGAAGAAGAAUCGUGAGCUAAGGAUUUAUAGUGAUUUAGGUGAGAAUCAUCGGUUUCGAGGGGUGGAGGAGGGUUUGGAGCCGGUUAGGAGGUCGUUUUCGUUCGAUGCUGUAGCUGCUUCUGCAGCCUGUGGUGCUGUUGUGGGCAAUGAAGGUAGUUCUAGUGAUAGGCGUUACAAUGAAGGGUGUUCUGGUGGUGGGAAUUCUGGGGUUGUUCUGCAGGAGAAGAAGGUUGAUUCAGGGAAAGGGGGUGGUAAUAAGAGGGGAUCGAGUAUGUCAGGUUUAUUGAUGAAGAGUUCGUCUAUUGGUCUAUCAUUUCAGAAGGAUCCUGUUUCUAUGAAGAGAUCGUUGUCUUCGAGUAGCAGGUUCUUUUCAUUUCGCAGGACGAAAAGCCAGGCCUCAGUUCUUCCAUUAUGAAUAAGGUGGAUUGAUCAUCUUGCUAAUGUCAUAAGACAUGCUCACCGCCUCAAAUAAUUAUACUGCUAUACAUUGGUGAAUUAUGGUCCCAACAUACCAAAGUCUCAGGAAUAUAAAGCUGGUCUAAUUGUCUGGUGCCGAAGGCUGUUUCAGACGUUGGAGCAUAUAUAGGUAAUGAGGAUAGGGCAUUCAGGCAUUGGUAUGAUAUGAUAAAUUAAUGUAAAUAUGAUAAAACUUUAUGUCAACGAUUGUGGUUUACUCAAAUUGAAGCCACUAUAUAUGAUUAGAGUGCCUCUGCAAUUUUUGCACUCAGUAAGUAAUGAUACAAUAUAAUGGCAUCAAGAACUACAAUUUAUGCUUUGUUUUUGCUGCAGAAGCUCAUCUUUUACUGGAAAAGUUUGAUUAUAUGCUAUUUUAAGUAUUAUUUGGUUGCUGUAGUGAAAUUUUACAGCUAGGUCUGCCUUGCAUUAUUGCAUUUUUGUAGUAAAAUUUUUAUUAGGUCUAUUUCAAUUUGAGGACAGUGGUUAGUGCUUGAAUGUGUUGCGUUUGCCAACAUUUAUUGCUGAUAGCCUGAUAGAUUUACCUUUCUUAGUUACUUACAUUGAAUGUUAUGUGCAUAUUUUGUCAGCUGAUGUGACUGUCGUUCAUCUUCAAUUUGAUUAUCCUUCUUUCUCCCAUUUAGAAUCAGCACUUGCAUUUCCUCCUUGAAUGUAUAGCUUGAUUAGGCUGGCUCUUCAAGAAAAUGGCGUAACUAGACUGUCUAAUAUGCACCUGUGUCAGACACACAGGUCUCAGCUGAACUAACUCUCCUAGAUGUCAUUUUGUGUUAUUUCUGCUGUAGAUUUUUCGAGUGACUUGUCUGAACAAAAUCAAAGCUCCUAGAGCCAAGGGUGUACAAUUGUAGCUGGAAUUCUGCUGUGUUUGAUCUAAUCUGUCAUCAUGAUAUGAGUUCAUCCUAGAAAAUAUUCUAUCAUGAUCUGUUUGUAGGAACGACUUGCAAAUGCUUUAAAGUAAUGAGAGUAUGAGACACUGUAAGUACUUGAAUUAUUUUCAGUGUUCUACUAAACAGAAGCAAAUAAGCUCAUUUCAAAUCUGAUGCUCUGACUCUGUCAGUGUAUCGAGAGGAAAACUAAAGACGCAUUAGGAGUCGUUUUCUUUUCACAAAAACUCGUCGGAUACCCUAAGUUUACGUAUGAUACUAUAGAAUUCUGUUUGCUGCUAGGUCUGCUAUUUCAUACUUGUAUGUUACUGUCUUUCUUUGAUCUUGUUAAAACAAUUCAGUUUCAGGGAUUUUUCUGCUGGUGUGAACACUCAUUUUGAUUAAGGUUCAACAGAUAAAGAUUCUAAUUGGUGUAUACUAGCUGAGUACGUCAGGCACAGACUGUCUGCCCUGUUUAUCUUCCUGAAGUGUGUGUAAAUGUGUGCUGCAGUUAGUUUGAUGUUAGAGAGGUAUGAACAUUAAGACCAAAUAGCAGGUUUGAACUUUAAAGCUGUCAGCAGCUUGACAUCAUUGUUGUUUUCUCCUUCAAACAGGGUACUGUUUUUCCCUUGAUUUUGUCCAUAUUUUACGGGGCGUGUGAUAUAGAGUAAGGGGAAAUUUAUGUUUUUUCACUUGUUUGAUGUAGAUAGGGAACAGGAUUAGGAAUUUAGGAUACAAGAACAUUUUAUCCCCGUCUCUCUAAACAAACAUACGGAGUGCCAUUUUUCACACUUCUACGACUAAUGAACGACCAUGUUGGCCUGUUGGGUCAUUUCUCAUUGUGGGGUGUGACAUCUUCAUAUGGGGUAGGGCUGUCUUAUCAAGUGAGCCGACCUACAAUUUUAAGGGUGACUGAGAGGAACGCGAGAAGGGACUGAGAGGAACAAUGUAGAUAGGUAGCAUGUAUUGCAUGAAGAAGAAAAAAAAAAAAAAAAAAAAAAAAAAAAG